UGGUCCGGAAGUGUCUCCAGGAGACGCCGGGCGGAGCGCGCUGCCUGUCUGGAAGGGGCGGCGGCGGCAUCAUGGAGCACAUCCGUACCACGAAGGUUGAACAGGUGAAAUUGCUGGACAGAUUCAGCACGAGCAGCAAGUCACAAACUGGAACGCUUUACCUUACAGCCACUCAUCUGUUAUUUAUAGAUGCUAACCAGAAAGAGACAUGGAUACUCCACCACCAUAUCGCUGCUGUGGAGAAACUUGCCUUGACAACAUCAGGCUGCCCUUUGGUGAUCCAGUGCAAAAACUUCAGGAUAGUUCAUUUCAUUGUUCCCAGGGAAAGGGACUGCCAUGACAUCUAUAAUUCCUUGCUGCAGCUGUCCAAACCAGCAAGGUUCGAUGAACUUUAUGCCUUCUCGUACAACCCAAAGCAAAGCGAGGUGGAGCGAGUGUGCGGUUGGCAGCUGGUUGACCUUGCGGAAGAGUACAAUCGGAUGGGCGUGCCCAACUCCAACUGGCAAUUGUCGGAUGCAAAUCGUGAUUAUAAGAUCUGUGAAACAUACCCCAGAGAUCUUUAUGUUCCCAGGACUGCGAGCAAGCCCAUCAUUGUUGGCAGCUCUAAGUUCCGAAGCAAAGGGAGGUUUCCUGUGCUGUCGUAUUAUCACAAAGAUAAUGAGGCUGCCAUUUGCAGAUGUAGUCAACCUCUGUCAGGGUUCAGUGCCAGGUGUUUGGAGGAUGAGCACAUGUUGCAAGCGAUCAGCAAAGCCAAUCCUACUAAUCGUUAUAUGUAUGUUGUGGACACCAGACCGAAGCUGAAUGCAAUGGCAAACAGGGCGGCAGGUAAAGGUUACGAAAACGAAGACAACUAUUCUAAUAUUAGAUUCCAGUUUGUUGGUAUUGAAAACAUCCAUGUAAUGAGAUCCAGCCUGCAGAAACUUUUGGAAGUCUGUGGUACCAGAGGGCUUUCAGUCAAUGACUUUCUGUCCGGUUUGGAGAGCUCUGGAUGGCUGCGACACAUCAAAGCCGUGCUGGAGGCAGCUAUCUUCUUAGCCAAAGCCAUAGCUUUUGAGGGUGCGAGUGUGCUCGUCCAUUGUUCCGAUGGCUGGGACCGCACCUCUCAAGUGUGUUCACUGGGCUCUCUGUUGUUGGAUCCCUUCUAUAGAACAAUUAAAGGAUUUAUGGUUUUGGUAGAAAAAGAUUGGAUUGCCUUCGGACACAAGUUUUCAGACAGAUGCGGCCAACUGGACGGAGACCCGAAGGAAAUGUCACCGGUGUUUGCCCAAUUUUUAGAAAGCGUCUGGCAUCUGACAGAGCAGUUUCCACAAGCGUUUGAGUACAAUGAGGCUUUUCUCCUCCAGAUCCACGAGCACGUCCAUUCCUGCCAAUUUGGAAACUUCAUUGGAAACUGCCAAAAAGAGCGAGAGGAACUCAAACUGAAAGAGAAGACUUAUUCCUUGUGGCCUUUCCUCCUGGAUGAACAAAAGAAAUAUCGAAACCCCAUCUACAAUGAGCAUUUUUCUCAAUCCUUUGCAGUUCUGGAGCCUGACACGGUGUCCUUUAAUUUUAAGUUUUGGAGAAACAUGUAUCAUCAGUUUGAUCACACAAUGCAUCCCAGGCAGUCUGUACUCAACCAUGUCAUGAGCAUGAGCGAAGAAAAUAAAAUGUUAGAGAAAGACAUUAAGGAAUUGGAAGCGAAAUUGGGACAUCAUGUAAACAAGGAGGAGACAGAGGCAGCCUUCACCAAGGAACCUUUGCGGUCUGUUCAUCCGGGGUCCCCAGUCCAUAAAACAUCGCAGUGCUUUAAGAAAGAGCCGCCUCUGCUGCUUGCAAAUGACUGCAUCCGAACGAUAGAGGGCUCCAAUGCAGCAGACAACCGGUACAGCGAGUAUAUGGAAGAGCUCUCCAAAGCAGAGCCUGGCGUCGUCAGCCUGGAGUAUGGAGUAGCGAGGAUGACUUGUUAGGCAUCCCAUGGUGCGUGGCUCUCUCUUCCUGUCUGAAGAGAGUCGUGCUCAAGAUGAAGGGCAUUGUAAUAAGAGUGAUCUCUUGGGUGCAUGACCAAAAACUGGCUUGUGUAAUCGGAGAGACGGUCAACGUAGACUUAGAGUAGCACACUAGUUGUUAAAGAAAAUGUUUGCUUUUCCCC